AUGACGUUCGUGGCACAUAGCCCACAAGGAGGCGGCUUCUUACAUGGCAAACUGACAUCGGGGCAAGUCGAAGGCACGCGCUUCGCCGAGGGAACAAUCAUGUCUAUGGAUGCCAGGCGGUACGAUACUGAAAAACUCCAUGAGGUCAUCCACAUGCUUGAUACGACGCUCGAGCCUCACGGCAUUCCCAAGACGGGCGCUGCGUUACGUUGGCUCGCCUUUUAUUCCGAGCUCGGCCCCGAGGAUGCCGUCAUCUUCGGCGCAAGCAAGAUCGGCCUGGUCCAGCAGAGCGUAGCAGCAAUUACCCAAGGUCCGCUUCCUAGGAAUGUUGUUGGAGUGCUGGAUGGGGUAUGGGACACUCUGAAAGCUAAGUAG